CGGUGGCGACCUCCUCUUCAUUUCCGCUGCGGGCAGACACGUACUUGCAAAACGCAUGAGUUUUGCGCUUUCCAACUAAAAAUCGAGUUUGUUUUCGUGUACCUCCUGCUGGAACGCUGCUAAAAAUGGCCGGCACCCUAUACACUUAUCCAGGAAAUUUUCGUGCCUACAAGGUGCUCAUUGCUGCUCAGUUCUCCGGUGCGAAGGUGAACCUGGCAUCGGAUUUCGUCUUUGGAGAGACCAACAAAAGUGAGGCGUUUCUGAAGAAGUUUCCCCUUGGAAAGGUUCCGGCUUUCGAGACUGCCGAUGGUAAAUGUUUGACGGAAAGUAAUGCCAUCGCUUACCAUGUCUCGAACGAGCAGCUACGUGGCAAGACUGAUUUUGAGAAGGCAGAAGUGUUGUCGUUUUUGUCCUUUGCCGACUCGGAACUGUUGCCGGCGGUUCACGCCUGGGUUUUCCCAAUUCUGGGCAUUGUCCAGUACCAGAAGAACACCGUCGAACGGGCCAAGCAGGAUGUUAAGGCAGCCCUGGAGGCACUGAAUGCACGCCUACUGCGCCAGACUUUCCUGGUAGGCGAACGACUGACUUUGGCCGAUGUGGUUGUAUUUGCUACGCUCCUGAGCGCCUACGAGAACGCGUUCGAUCCCUCGUUCCGUGCUCCGUUCGGCAGUGUUACCCGUUGGUUCACCACGGUUCUGAACCAACCGCAAGUGAAGGCCGUCGUGCAAAAUUUCUCUCUGUGUGCCAAGGUGGCCGAAAUCGACCCGAAGAAGUUUGCCGAAUUCCAAGCCAAGACCGGCGGUGCUGCUGCUCAAUCGCAGAAAAAGGAAAAGGAGAAGAAGCCCCAGCCAGCACCAGCUAAGAAGGAGCCUAAGGCGCCGGAACCAGCGGAAGAAUUGGAUGCCUGCGAGCAGGCCUUGGCUGAAGAGCCGAAAUCGAAGGAUCCAUUCGAUGCGCUACCGAAGGGAACGUUCAACUUCGAUGACUUCAAACGUUUCUACUCCAACGAAGACGAGUCCAAAUCGGUUCCCUACUUCUGGGAAAAGUUCGAUCCGGAAAACUACUCCAUCUGGUAUGGCGAGUACAAAUACCCGGAAGAGCUGACUAAGGUCUUCAUGAGCUGCAAUCUGAUCACCGGAAUGUUCCAGCGCUUGGAUAAGAUGCGCAAACAGGCCUUCGCAUCGGUUUGCCUGUUCGGCGAGGACAACAACAGCACAAUAUCGGGCGUUUGGGUCUGGCGCGGCAAAGAGCUGGCCUUCACGCUGUCCCCGGAUUGGCAGGUGGACUACGAAGUGUACGACUGGAAACAGCUGGACCCCAAGGCGGAGGAAACCAAACAGCUAGUCGCGCAGUAUUUCUCGUGGACCGGUGCCGACAAGGGUGGCCGCAAGUUUAAUCAGGGAAAAGUCUUCAAAUAAACGCGUAGCAUCGCAGUAUCUCUCAUCUCAGCUCGCGAUCAACUAAAACUAAACAACAAAAAAACUAUACUUGAUUGAUUGAUUGAAGAAUAGGUUCAGUAGAUAAGCUUGUUCCUGUGCUCUCUGCCUUUGUCUUGUUUCUCUCGUGAACCUCGCUUCCGUGGAACGUGUGACAGGUGAUGGCGCGGCAGUAAUUUUCCUUUCUUCCCCUCCAGCAAACAGCAGCAAGACUAACAAACAGCACUAUAUGAAACGUAAACAAACAUUUUUUGUUGAAAUAAAUACUACUUAAGAUGUACCGAAA